AUACUUUAAGUUCUGAUACAGUUAAGCAAGGAAUCAUCAUGAAGGAGCUAGUGGUUUGGGCGAUUUGUCUGAUUCCAAUUUGUGUGGCCUAUCCAUAUCAUGGCUAUCGUGUCUACGAGGCUGUUGCUAAGAACGUGGUUCAGGCGCAAGCUUUAUCUGACUUAGAGAUGUCGGAAUCGUUUGACUUUUGGAGCCCGGUGCGACUGAACAAACCAACUGACAUCAUGUCUUCUCCAGAACAAAUUCAACAAUUGCUAGACGUUUUCAACAGCAAUUCCAUACAAUAUAGAAUAAAAAUUGAUGACGUUCAACAGUUAAUCGACGCGCAAAACAAUAUUAUGGGUAACGAAAUAGUGAGGAAAUCGUCUUCCCUACGCUACAAUCUUACAUGGGAUAAUUAUUACCGCUACGAUGACAUUCGGGAGUUUGCAUACGCGCUCGGUGCCUCUUACCCGGAACUGGUAACUGUGUCUGUUGCCGGUAAAAGUUACGAAGAUCGAGACUUGAUCUUGAUCAAAAUAUCCAGCGGAGGCUCAGGCAGCAAAAAUGCCAUUUUCGUUGAUGGAGGAAUUCACGCUUGCGAAUGGAUCUCCCCAGCGACCGUAACUUACAUCAUUCGUGAGUUGGUUGAAAAUUACGCUGCUCAUCCGCAAUACGUCGACGAUGUUGAUUGGUUCUUCAUGCCUCUAGUCAAUCCAGAUGGUUACGAAUUCGCCCACACUGACAAUCGGCUGUGGAGAAAGAACCGACGAAUCCACGAUGAGACCAACACAACUUGCAUUGGAACGGAUAUCAACCGCAAUUUUGAUUAUCAUUUUGAUGAGGGAGGAUCAAGCGACAAUACUUGCGCACCGACUUACAAUGGUGGCCAACCUUUCACCGAGCCGGAAUCACGCGCACUACGUGACGCUAUUUUGGCUGAAGCGAAUCGCACCAAAUCCUAUUUGACAGUGCAUUCUUAUGGCCAGCAUUGGCUAACUCCGUGGGGAUGGACUACUGAAUUGCCUGCAGAUUACGACGCAAUGUACGCGCUAGCCUCCGAUGCUGUUGCGGCUUUGACUGCGGUUUAUGGAACCGUGUACGACAUUGGCAGUUCAGCCAAUUUACUCUACGCGAACAGCGGACCGAGUGAUGACUGGGCUAAAGGGGUAGCUGGAAUACCAUAUACUUAUACAAUUGAGUUGCGCGAUCAAGGGCCCGUCUACGGCUUCCUUCUUCCACCCGACCAAAUUAUACCGUCUGGGAUUGAAACUUGGGAGGCAUUCAAAGUAAUUGCUGAAGCCGUGGCCCUGAUGGAAUGAAAAACGCAACGCACAGAUAAAAAGAGAAGAAUUGCUCUUUAGCCUUUUGUUUUGCUAAACCAUAAAGAAUUUGGGACUAAUAUAAAUAAACAUUUAAAAUAAA